AUGACAGCCCCAACCCAAACGCUGCAGGAAACUCGCAAUAAUCUGGCCUUUUUGCCCCGGGACAUCUUUUGGAUGAUCCUGGGUUAUUUGGCCCCGCGGGAUCUGGUUCGCUGCCGCCGCGUUUCACGUUGUUGGAACGAGGCCUUUGGCAACCCGGUUAUCUUGCUCCCUCUGGUGAAGAAGCUAUUCCCAUGGACCAAAGAAGUCCGCGAUCUCCAGAAUGGUCGCUCAGGCGUAGAAGACACCCGCCAUGGGCGUCGGGUCUUUGAUCAGGUCGCCUCUCGAUAUGAUCACCUCGAGCGAGGAAAGCCCCGCUCCAUCCAAAAAUAUCGACUAUGCGAUGAUUUUGGCACCUCAGGCGAUCGAGAAUGGUUUCAGGUCCAGCCAUGGGAGUCCCACGCUAGCCACCUGAGACAGAUCGUUGACCGCCAGUUCUCCGAGGCAUUAUGGUCGGUGGAAGACGGGCUGCUAGUGUAUCCCAGCGCAGAUGACCAAUGUCUGGUCCUGAUGGACUUGGAGAAUGACCGCCGGUUCAUGGUACCUUUCACCAUCCGCGGCAAAGUUGUCCGUCGCGUUCGGCUGCAGGACCGGUUGUUGGUGGUGGAGUGGGCAGAACCCAAGGCCUUCCACUGGCUAAAUGAUAGCGAUGGAGUGCAUCGACACUUCGCCUCAUCCUUCGAAGUGACCAGAAAUGCAAAUCACGGCUGGAGCAUCAUUCCACGCAAUGAAUGGAAGAUAAUGUUCCUCGGCCAUCCGCUGAGCGAGCGAGACCGGUUCUUCUCUGCACAUAGCAACACGCACUAUGUGAUUUAUAUAUGGCAACCUAAUCGCAGCCUAUACACGGCAGACGAAGAUGCACCCAUCGAGUCGCUGUUUGUCUGGGAUAUCUCGAUGCCAUCUUCUUACCGCCCAUCGCUAGAUCCUACCGGGCGUUUAAGAGAGGAGGAAUCUGAUCAGCGGCCAUCCAUUGUGUCACGGUUCGGGUUCCGAGAUUUGGAGUUUUUCUCCGUCCGACAACGGGGUUGUCCUAGUAUCCAGCGGCUCGAGGUCACCAAGGAUGGCCAGGCUGUGGAAAUAACAGAGAACAUCUGCAACUGGUUGACCGACGAACCUCCCGAGCCAUUCGGCCUUCCGCAGACCAUCACCACUAGCAUCCCACUAACAGGACAUGGUCCCCAUUGGCGACGACACAGUGAAUUUAUACUGCCACCGUAUCGUGGAAAUUGUAGCUUACAAGCAAUGCCUCUGAGUUUCUUUGCAUUCUUGGUCGAGUCCUGGUUUGGUGUCAUCGCCCAGGUCACCGACCAAGAGGCCUGCCUCAGCUUCUGUCUGCACUUCGAUCCGAUCAAUUGGGCUCAAGACCCAACGAUCUACCUGAGUAUUCAGAAUCCUGGCUCACAGGCCACGGCGGAAAACCUGGAUUUCACGGGACGAGGCAAAAUAUGCGGCUGCGAGAGAUACUUGCUAGGUGAAAAUUGCAACCGGGAGCUGGUCAUCUAUCGAUUUGAUCGAUGA